AUUAAAAUUUUGGAUACAAUUCUACGUUCCAUAUGUAUCUGAUAUUUACAUUAUCCUUACAAAAGUUGUGCCUUCUCGUAAAUAUUCAAUCUAUUUUGAAGAUAACACCAACAUAGUUCUUAAGUCAUAUAAGAUCUUCGUUUAUUAUGUAUCAGUAAUGUGUUAUUUGUUAUUUUUACGUCGUUCUAAGAACAAAUUUAAAUUAUUUGCAUAAUUUUGUGAGUGUGUGUAUGUGUAAGUUGUAAUGGGUGCAUGUUGUUGUACGGAAAAAGUUGUUGACAGUGAUACGUACUGUCCACAAACGCCAACAGUUCGUCAUGUUGAACCUAUUAAUCAAAAUAUGUCAGCACCAAGGGGGUUGGAUUCGAUAUUCUUUCAUGCGCCAACAGUACCACGAACCACACCAGAUCCUGCAACUGUUGAUAAGUUAGUUUUGGAAACUUUGGGUGUUAUUGGAUUCCUUGUUGAUAAUGAACAAGAACCACCCCCAUCUAUGCAUAAAAUCCAUACAAUUGCCGAUAACGAAGAAGGAUGGAUACAAGUAGUCACAUCCAUGGUCAAUGUAAUACCGAUGUGGGAUCCAUUAGGACCGUCAGUGAUCACAUUAUUGUUAGAUGAUUGCCCGUUACCAUCUAGAGACUCUGUAUUAAAAGUAGCAAAAUUAUUUGAUUUAUCGACAGAGAGUGCAAUACGUGGUAAAAGUAAUCCACGGAAACAACGAAAUAUUUGUGUUGUUCUUGGAUGUAUUGCUGAAAAAUUAGCUGGACCUAGUAGUAUUGCGAUUUUAUCCGAAGGAACAUUAGAUUAUUUAAUUACAAAUUUGAAUGAAGAAAUGGAUCCACAUGUUAUUCUUUUUUCAAUGAUAUCAUUGGAAAAAUUUGCGCAAACAAGUGAAAAUAAAGCAGCUAUUAAAAGACGUUUAGAACAAGAACUAACAAAUCCUCUAAUAUUGCUUGAGAAAUGGCGAGAUGUAACUGAUUUUGUUAAACGGCAAGUUGGUUUCUGUGCUCAAUGGUGCCUUGAUAAUCUCUUUUUAACAGAAGGACGUCAGUACUCAUACGAAUUAGUAGAUAUGGCAUGCAUAAAUGCAAUGUUAAAUACAGCAGAUGUUAGUGAAUAUUUAAAAAUAUCACCAGAUGGCUUAGAGGCACGUUGCGAUGCUUAUUCAUUUGAAAGUGUACGAUGUACAGCACAAGCUGAUGAAGGUGUUUGGUACUAUGAAGCACUAAUUGUAACUCCAGGUGUUAUGCAAAUUGGAUGGGCAACAAAAAAUAGUAGUUUCUUAAAUCAUGAAGGGUAUGGUAUUGGAGAUGACGCUUAUUCAAUUGCUUAUGAUGGAUGUCGACGUCUUAUUUGGCAUAAUGCAAAAUCUGAACCACAAGAAUUUCCAUGUUGGAAACCAGGCGACAUUCUUGGAUGUUUGCUUGAUUUAAAUAUGUUUCAAGUCAUAUUUUAUAUAAAUGGUUCUCCUUUACCUCCAUGUACACAAGUUUUUAAUAAUGCAAAGUCUGGAUUUUUUGCUGCAGCAAGUUUUAUGUCAUUUCAACAAUGUCGUUUUAAUUUUGGGUCCGAACCAUUUUUAUUUCCACCGCCAACACAAUUUAAUACAUUCAAUGAGAAUUGUAGUUUAAAGGCUGAAGAUAAGAGAGUUGUGCCACGCCAUGUUUUCUUAGAACAAUUGCGACGAUUUAGUGUGAACGAAGAUUCAUGUACGCUAUGCUUUGAUCAAAAAGCAUCCGUACGGCUAUCACCAUGUAAUCAUCGAGGUUUUUGUACAAAUUGUACCAAUCAAUUGACGGAAUGUCCAAUGUGUCGAUCACCAAUCAAUUUUGUUUUAGUAGAUGGUCUUUGACAUCAAUAAUUCUAGUUAACUCUACUUGUUAAAAAAAAAAAAGCUGUUAAAAUAUACACUAAAAAAAAAUUAACAGUUACAAGAAUAUGUUUUUUUAUUUUUUAUUUUAUUUCUUGGAGAAAAAAAGUAAUUUUUCAUUUUACAUAUUUGAUCAUCA